AUGGCUAUCAAUGCUUCCUCUCCCAAUCAUCCUCCCAUCGUCGCUGCCGUUUCUCCACCGUGGACCCAGAUUGUCGCCUCCGCUGCACCUCAUUCCACCACCGUUGUCGUCACUCUAUCCGUCACUUCGGGGAUGGAAGACAUCGACAAUAACUCCGGUGAAAACAAUGCCAAUAUUGUCGAGAGGAUUGUUUGGAACAAACCCUCCAACGCUGCUUCCUCUUCGGUCAUGGAUGCUGAAUCAUGGCCUGCUUUAUCUGAAUCUGCCAAAGCUCCGGCCAAAUCACCACCACCGCCACCACUAGAAGUGGGGGAAACUUCCUUGGUUGCAUCAACCUUGUCUCAAUUGCAGGGUACUGGAACUAUGCUCCCCUUUCCACGUGAUCAAGAUAGGGAUACUGCAAGCAUGAACAAUAGACCUCCUAUGCCAAUUCAUCAGAGACCUUAUAGGCAUCCAAAUCCGAAUGUGACUUCCAAUGGAGGCCACCUGCCUCAAGGUUCCAUUGCUGUCCCAGGUUCUCACAACCAUAACUCUGCUCCAAAUCAGUAUCCACCUAGAGGUGUAUUUGGGCCUAAUGAUCAACAGCAUCAGCGAAAUUCAUUCAGGUAUCGUGGUGGUCAGCAUCAACGUGGACGAGGAGAUGGUUUUCAUCAUCAAAACUAUGGGAAUAGUUUUCAUCAUCAAAACUAUGGGAAUAGGCAAGUUCGUGGAAAUCAGGACUGGAAUGUUCACCAAAGAAAUUUUAACUCAGGAGACAAUUAUAGGUCUCCAAGAUUUGUUCCACCGUCUGUAGGGCCUCCACCGUCUAAUAAUCAAUAUUACGUUCCACCACCGGUUAAUGCUCAAUAUUACGUUCCACCACCGGUUAAUGCUCAAUAUUACGUUCCACCGGUUAAUGCUCAAUAUUACGCUCCACCACCGGUUAAUAAUGCUCAAUAUAAUGCUCAAUAUUAUGUUCCACCACCUCCACAACCAGUUUGGCCCUUUGGAGGCUCAUAUGGAUAUCACGAACCACCACCUCAAGUGGUAUAUAGUUCAUCUCUGCCCAUGGAGCCAUCAAGAGGGGUUCCAUUUGUGCCAUCAAUACCGCCUAACCCAAUAAUAUAUCAGCAACCUACGGAUCCCAAAUUGUAUACUAAGAUUGUCAACCAAAUUGACUACUAUUUCAGUGAUCAGAAUUUAAUCAAUGAUGCAUAUUUGAAAGGGAUAAUGGACGAUCAGGGAUGGGUUUCUUUAAAUACAAUAGCCGACUUCAAACUAGUCGCAAAUUUGACUGACAAUAUUCAGAUUGUAUUUGAUGCUGUACGAACUUCAUCUGUGGUUGAAAUGCAGGGUGGCAAAAUAAGGAGGCGACAUGGUUGGUGGAAAUGGAUAGCGUCUUCUACUCAGUCUGAAAAUGUUACUGGCUCUGAAGUUGUUGGAGAGCUAGCAAAUAGAGUCCAAAACAUUGAUCUGGAAACAACUGAAGACCUGGAUCACUCAGCAUCUGCGGAAAAUUAG